CCCUCUGCAGUUUCUUGUGCAUGUAGGCCGUUAACAGUUUAUGAUAAGAUUUUUUUGUUUCCCCUGUAGCUAUGUGCCAUUAACCAGCUGCCCCAGGAGUGCCUGCAUUCAGUGACUGGCUGAAGAAAUCCUUGUCCAUAGUGUGCAGCAAUGUUUCUAAGAUAUUUUUUAGAUUGAAGGUGCCAAUGCAAUGUAAGACUUGCCCCUGCUAAAAGCCCUGGCUGUUGAUCAAUGAAUGACAAAACCCAAAUGUCCUGACUCUUAAAUCUUGGAUUUCAGGUCUUCAAAUGACGGCGGUUCCUCUUCUAAACACAGUGUCAGCCUGAGAGAGAGUUGAGCAGAGCCCAGUGUUCAUAGACCAUGGGUCUCACUCAGAGAAGAGAGCCUGAGAAUUCUGCUGAGGACCCUCUUAAUAAAAAUGGGGAUCAAGAGAGGGCAGGACAACCAGGUGGCCGGCCUUGGGCCAAGCCCUGGAAACGCUGCACACGUAAAUUCCUCUUUAUACUCUUGAUCAUUGCUGUCCUCGUCAUCGUGGCUUUGUCAGGGGUAGUACUGAAACUUGGUUUUGAUCCUCCGCGCUCCCCUGCUGUCCCUUGGUGCCCUGACGGCUGGGUCGGGUACCUAGGGAAAUGUUACUAUUUCUCAGAGGCUGAAGGAAACUGGACCUUCAGCCAGAAUAACUGCUCCUCCUUCGGCGCCUCCCUGGCUGGGAUCGACACCCUGCCUGAAAAGGCGUUCAUGCUGCGUUAUAAAGGACUUUCCGAGCACUGGAUCGGCCUGCGUCGGGAAGAGGGUGAGCCCUGGAGAUGGGUGAAUGGUGCAGAAUUCAACAAACUGUUUGAAAUCCGAGCUGACGGCAACUGUGCCUAUCUGAACGACAAGGCUGUUGGCUCCUCGUGGUGCCACACGCUGCGCAACUGGAUCUGCACCCAACACGACACGUACACGAAGAGCUAGGGAAAAACCGCUGCCGCGGCGCAUGGUGCUUGACAUGCGUGGGACUGGUCAGGCCAGGCUUCUCGGACUUCCAAUCUGCUUUUGCUGCUGCGCUAUCUGCAUAUAUUCAGUGAUGAGCUGUCAAAAUACUAACAACCGGUUCCCUCCUCCUCGCCCCAUGAGGGGGUCAUGCCCCCCCGGGGACUCCUGCCCCAUCCAAC